AUGUUUUAUCCACAAAAUUACUAUAAAAUAGGUCCAAAAUAGUAAUGAAAUUUUAUAUAGAAAUAGGAAAUAAUAUAAAAAUGAAGGGGAAGGGAGACAGUCUGCCGAGAUCCCAUCUGCAUUUUUCAUGUCUUAAUAUCUUCUUCUUCACACACCCCUCAAGUGUUCUGAAACUCUGAACCAACCUUCUCUCUCAGCUCUCUCUCUCUCUCUCUCUUCCUUCAAUGCUUUAAUGGCGUCGUAAUCACUUUCUCUGUCUCAUUCCCCUAUUUAACUCUCUUUCUCUUCUGCACUUUGCUUCAGAUUCCUUUCGCUGGAAGUAAUUAUGAAUUCCGUUUUGGCUUUCCUUUCGCCACUGCUUCCGUUUGCGGCCUCUCUUCUGUUUCUGCUCCUCUUUCUCGAGCAGAUCUCUUAUUUGAAGAAGAAACGCUCUGUUCCUGGUCCUCCUCUCGUUGUGCCCUUCGUCGGCAACGCAAUUCCUCUCGUCCGAAACCCUGCUCGUUUCUGGGAAAUUCAGGCUUCUUUAGCUAAAUCCUCCGGAGUUGGUUUCUCCGUCAACUACAUCGCCGGAAACUUCAUCGUCUUCAUUCGCGACACUGAACUCUCUCACAAGAUUUUCGCCAAUGUGCGUUCCGAUGCUAUGAAUCUCGUCGGACACCCCUUCGGGAAGAAGCUAUUUGGCGAGGAUAAUCUGAUUUAUAUGUUGGGGCAAAAGCAUAAGGAUCUCCGCCGUCGAAUCGCUCCUAAUUUCACGCCUAAAGCGCUCUGCACCUACACCGCGCUUCAGCAGAUCAUUAUUCUGAAGCACUUGAAGCUUUGGGAUCAAAAGUCGUCGGAAUCCUCGCCGAAGCCGAUUCCCUUGAGGUUUUUGGCUCGAGAUCUUAACCUCGAAACCUCUCAGAUGGUGUUCGUUGGGCCGUAUUUAGGCGAAAAGGUUCGCGAGAAGUUCAGAGUCGAUUACAACAUCUUCAAUGUUGGCCUGAUGAAACUUCCGAUCGAUUUGCCUGGAACAGGUUUCAGAAACGCGAAACUCGCCGUUGACCGGCUGGUGGAGGUCCUUGCCGACUGUGCAGAGAAGAGCAAGACGAAGAUGAAGAGAGAAGAAGAGCCGACGUGUUUGAUUGACUUUUGGAUGCAGGACACCGUAAAAGAACUCGAGGCUGCAGCAGCGGCCGGCGAGCCAGAGCCCGUUCACACCAGUAACUUCGAGCUCGGCCUUUAUCUCUUCGAUUUCCUCUUCGCCGCUCAAGACGCUUCCACUUCGUCGCUUCUGUGGGCCGUCAGUCUCCUGGACUCGCAUCCGGAGGUGGUGGCCAAAGUUCGGGAAGAAGUCAAAUCCAUCUGGUCGCCGGAAUCGGAUUCACUGAUCUCAGCGGAGCAGCUUCUGGAAAUGAAGUACACUCAGGCAGUAGCACGUGAAGUGGUCCGUUACCGCGCUCCGGCAACGGUAGUGCCGCACGUGGCGGCGGCGGAGUUCCCGUUGACGGAUACAUACACGAUCCCAAAAGGCGCAAUUGUGUUUCCAUCUGCAUACGAGUCAAGCUUCCAGGGAUUCGUAGAACCGGAGCGGUUCGACCCGGAACGGUUCUCGGAGGGAAGGCAAGAAGACCGAAUUUUCAAAAGGAACUUUCUGGCAUUCGGUGCUGGGUCCCACCAGUGUGUUGGGCAACGGUACGCGCUCAACCAACUGGUGCUCUUCAUCGCAAUGUUUUGUACGUUGCUUGAUUUCAAGAGGCACAGAUCCGACGGCUGUGAUGAAAUCGCCUUCAAUCCCACCAUCUGUCCCAAAGAUGACUGCAUGGUCUCCAUAUCCAGGCGGUGCCCUCGAUUUCCCAAUCUUUCGCUUGAAUAAUUUUUCCAAAUUCCCAAAUUGCCCUUUUCCUCUUUCUUUCUUUUCUUUUUUUUUUCCUAUUUGAAUCUGGGUGGAAAAACGGACG